AUGCAGCUGUUGCGUCUCGUUGCCAUCGCUUCGAGUGCUGCGGCCGCGCUGGUGCUCGCCGAGCCGCUCAAGGGCAAGAUCCACCUGGCUGUGACCGACUCGCAGCCGCCCGUGGCCCAGCCCAACGUCAAGUACUACGCCCACGUGGUGGCGGACGGCGACGAGUGCGACUAUCCGGACAUGACCAUGCCCAUGUGCGCCAACAAGGACUUCGUGUGCAGGAUGGAGCCCGGCCAGGAGAUGUUCGCCACGGCGCCCUCGUGUCUGGCCUACGACCCGAGUAACAUGCAGGACAACCCGUUCGAGAUCGAGGAGACGGCCGUGGCGCCCUGGGGCAACUGCGACCCCGUGGCCGAGAUGAACCGCAAGAUGGGCGACCCGCCAGUGUGCAAGCGGGAGUUCCAGUGUCUGUGUCUCCAUGGAGCUGGCCAGAACUGCGUCUGCGCCCCGGCAGAUGCGGUGGAAGAUGCUAGCGGAGCUACGAAGUGCGGCAACGCGACGACGACGUGCACCGAGGACAAGUAUUGCCACUACCUCCAGGAAGGGGGUAUGGAGUGUGGACAGAAGCCUUACUUCUCGUGA